CCUCCUACCGCAAAACCAACACAUCGCGGCAAGUCAAAACAGAGCGUUCGUGACCAUCCACCCAACUGCAAGCUCAGUUCCUCGGCCGAAAACUCUGGCUGGGGACGCACCGCUGAAGAGCGCACCGGCUGGGGACGGGCCGCGUGAUGUCACACCUGGGCCUGGACGCCUUUGGAGAGGUCUUCCUGGGGUUACAGACGGCGGAGCCGCUGCCGGACCAAGUGAAGCACGCGCUGUUGCAGCCCCCGCCGACCCGGUAUCGUUCAUGAUGCAGAGUCCAGAUCACAGCUCAAAUAUUGUAUUUUACGAAGCACCCGAAAAGGAGGACUCGCCCUGCAAAACCGGAGGUUUCUCCAUCUUCACCCUCAUCAACUUUGCUAUCGCGGCCGUCAACGUCGCCAAUAACAUCCUCAACAACAACAAUAACAACAAUAACAACAAUAACGACCGCAACAACAACGACAAUAACGUCAAUGUGGCGGACAACAACAACAACGGCAACAACUUGAACAUGAUCGACCUGGGCGGCGCGCUGGGCCGCAGGCGGCGUCUGCUGGUGGAGCACCCUGGCGACCUGGGGGCCAUCCAGGACUCACUGCAGGAGGACGGCCUCGUGCUGGAGGUGGUGGGCGUCCACACGCCCAGCGGAGCCAAUAACAGUGCAGCCGCGCCCAACAGCGCCUCAGGCAGAUACAAAAGGGACACCUUACUGAAUGCCUGGAGAGCUGCUCGGAGCUCUGACGUCCCAGAGGUCCCCGACCAGCUGGCUCUGCUGCUCCGGCUGACCUCAGACCAGCUGGCUCUGCCGCUCCGGCUGACCUCCGACCAGCUGGCUCUGCUGCUCCGGCUGACCUCAGACCAGCUGGCUCUGCUGCUCCGGCUGACCUCAGAGGUCUCAGCCUCUCUGCCGGUCCAGCACGCCAUCCUCAUGAAACAUGUCAUGCUCCUCACCUUGGAUCUGUGGGAGGAUUUCAGCUCCGACGAGCUGAUGUCAGCGAAUCAAAAGAUGGAGCUGAAAAACUGUCUGCUGCGGGAGCGGCCAGGGAAAUCUCCAGGCUAG